AUUUUAAUUUCAACAACAACAACAAAAAUCGAAAGGAGACAAGCUUUCCUCAUCAUGUCUCUCCGGACUGUUGAAUGUCUGUCAUGUGUGCGCUGUUUGGAGGAGAAGCGGAGCGGACCGCGUUAACGUGUUGAAACGCCAUUUAACGUUGGGCUGCGCCAGCGGAGGCAAGUGGACUUUUUCAAAAAGCUUUUGCAUCUUUGAUAUGAAAUCUGACGCUGUGAUACAUGCAUCGGCGUAUAAGGGACCAUCCAUAUUUCUCGGCAUCUAAUUUUUUUUCCACCAGAGGAGUGAUAUAGCCUUCUCUGACGUCUGCAUCAGAUAUUACCCAGUGCUUUUUCAAUGUGCAUUUCCCCUCAGUGACUUUGCGCUGAUGUACAUCAUCAGCAGCAGCAGCAACGGGGGAGAGAGAGAGAAAAAAAAAGGGAAUGAAGAUUUCAUUUUUCUUUUUUUUAAACCCACCGCUCCCCUUCAGACGACCAGCGUUUCCAGCUCAAACAAAUAUCUUUUAACAACAUCACGUUGUGGAAUAGUCUGGCGCCGGAGCAUCGCUGGAACCAUGCCUCUUCUGCAGAUUUGGACUGGGAAAUUUCAUCCACCAAUUUGAUCAUCGGGAGGCUGCUGCUCAGUCAUUCAUGCCAGUGUUUGUUUUUUUAAGAGGAAGAAUACUUGUCAUCACUUUUAAAAGUAUUGUGUAUGCUGUUUUUUAAGCAAGAUGUCUGAUCUUCUGGUGUUGGUCGAGGGGCUCUGUGACCUGCACGGAUUUCCAUAGCCGAGGAAAACAGCGGGGGCCAAUUACGAGAUUUUUUUUAAAUCAAGAACCCUAUUUUAAUGAAGACAUCGCAUGCGUAGAUGUAGGGUAGAUUAUUCGACAUUUAAAAAAAAGGCAAUUAUAUUUUAAUUGCCAAUUUUUACUUUGUGCAUUUUCUGGAGGACCACUGGACUGGUUGGAUUAUAGAAACUAUAUAUAAGGAUUUGUGGAGAUGUUGGGUCGUCAAGAAGAUAAAAUAUGUGGAAUUUUCUCUGCUCUGGCGGCUUUGUCCUUCUUCUGCUUUGUUCAAAGCUCUUCCACGGGAAGCACCGGAAUGUCUGUGGCCAAGACCACCGUGGACAAGUUGCUGAAGGGAUAUGACAUCCGAUUGAGGCCUGAUUUUGGAGGUCCUCCAGUCAUCGUAGGAAUGAGCAUCAACAUUGCGAGCAUCGACUCCAUCUCAGAAGUAAACAUGGACUACACCAUCACAAUGUAUUUCCAGCAGAGCUGGCGGGAUAAGCGUCUGGCCUACACUGAGAUGAAGCUGAACCUGACUCUGGACAACCGUGUAGCAGACCAGCUGUGGCUCCCUGACACCUACUUCCUUAACGACAAGAAGUCCUUUCUUCAUGGGGUGACAGUGAAGAACCGUAUGAUCCGACUGCACCCAGAUGGCACUGUCCUCUACGGGCUGAGAAUAACCACCACCGCUGCAUGCAUGAUGGAUCUGAGAAGGUACCCUCUUGAUGAACAGAACUGCACCCUGGAGAUUGAAAGCUACGGAUACACCACAGAUGACAUCGUAUUCUUCUGGCAGGGAGGGGACACCGCUGUGACGGGCGUUGACAAGUUGGAGUUACCCCAGUUCUCCAUUGUGGAGCUCCGCUUGGUGUCCAGGGAGGUCCAGUUUACUACAGGUUCAUACCCGAGGCUCUCGCUGAGUUUCAGGAUUAAGAGGAACAUUGGAUAUUUCAUCCUGCAGACGUACAUGCCCUCAAUCUUGAUCACCAUCCUCUCCUGGGUCUCCUUCUGGAUCAAUUAUGAUGCCUCUGCAGCUCGGGUGGCCCUGGGUGUGACAACGGUGCUUACCAUGACAACAAUUAACACCCACCUUAGGGAGACUCUCCCAAAGAUUCCGUAUGUGAAAGCCAUCGACGUCUACCUCAUGGGCUGUUUUGUGUUUGUGUUCCUGGCCCUGCUCGAAUAUGCCUUUGUAAAUUACGUGUUCUUUGGCCGGGGCCCUGCGCAACAGAAGAAAAUCAACGAGAGGCUGAACAAAGCCAACAACGAGCGCACAAGAUACGAAGAGAAGCGCCUGAGGGAACAGGACUCCAUUUCCGCGUCGUAUCAAACCAACACCUUCAGGUCAUUUACACAGCGAAGAAAUCUGUAUCUCGAGGAACAAAGAAAAGUUGGGGUGGAUGCUUAUGGAAACAUCCUCCUCACCACGCUGGAGAUGAACAACGAAGUGAUGCCUUCGGACGUGGGGAGCAGCGUCAGUGACUCUCGGAACUCCGUCAUGUCCUUCGACAGCUCCGGGGUCCAAUUCAGGAAGCCCAUGACGCCCCGAGACGGCUUCAGCCACCACUCGCUGGACCGGAGCGCCAUGCGUAACCGUGCCAACUGCCGGCUACGACGACGAUCCUCCAAGCUCAAGUUGAAAAUCCCAAACCUGUCAGAUGUUAGCACCAUUGACAAGUGGUCCCGGGUCAUUUUCCCUAUCACCUUUGGAUUUUUCAACCUAAUCUACUGGUUGUACUAUGUGAAUUGACGUGCAUCCCACUAGGAAUCAUGGGCCAUAUUUUGAGAGCACAUUAAAUUGGCUUUGAUACAGUUCCAAAAUAUGUAUACACAUAUACAAGUUGAACAUAUGUAUAUGCAUAUUUAUAUAUAUUAUAUUUAUAUAUACAUGUGUGAAAUCCGAAGGACCUUUCUGCUGUACAAAGUAUUAAUAGGAUGACUUGAAUGUUUAAGAGUAAUUGUGAGAGAAGAAUUUCAAGGCUUUGAGUUUCUUUUUGCUCCCGGAAGAAACAAACACACAAACACGAGAUCCCACCCGGGGUUUUUGGAACUAAAGACUGCAUGAUAUUUUUGCUAAAAAAAACAACCAACAACAACCACAAGAAAAAAGAGAAAGUGAAACUCUUGUGAGGGGAAAGAUGUCUCAGAGUCCCAUUGACUUUUUAUUGAUACUUAUUGUAAUCAGAAAUCCUCGACUGCAGCUCAUGAGAUCAGUGGUGGCUCGUUCUGCAUAGGCAUCAGCUGAGUGAGAUCCUUGACAACCCCCCCCCCUGACCCCGCCGCCUCCACACCACCCCUACCCUACACGACCCCACCCAUCGCCCAUGGAUAACAUGCACGGAAAAUCUCCGGUUCUACUAUGUACAGCAACCUUGUUUGGAUUAUGUGUUGUUCCUUGGGUUUUUUGAAGUGGUAUCGUUCUCUUUAUCAGACAUCCGGCCUAACGGGCUCCAGAGAUGGGAUGACCGACCGCCGCGUUCCCCCACCCCCCCAGAGUCAACGCAAACUUGUGUUCCUUUCUCUUCUCAUGUUAUUUUUAUCACGUCUUUUGGGUAUCGGGAGGGGGCGGGUCUUUUUCAUUAUGGUUGAAAACAAGUGCUGAUUAUUGUAGAUAUGAUUUUGUCUUGAAAAAUACUGUGAUUUCAGAGAGUGUCGGAACAUGUUCUAGAGCUAGGGCAUUAUAAGAUAAAAGAGUCAAAGGUAUGCAUUACUCAUUUUGAUUGUGUGAAGAAGAAAUAUUCUAUACAUUUUAAUCAUUCGGUAUUCUCAUGAAGGUGUGCUGUUUAUUUCCUCCUAUUGACUGGUUCUCGUGCUCUUUAGAAGCAGAGUCCAUCGACGUCAUAUCCUGCUUUGUGUUUGCUAAAAAGGAAAUGGGAGGAUUGCUUUUGCUGUUCCUUUGGAAAAUGGUUCCACAGCAGAGAUGUAAGGACAUGUAUAUUUAAAAGGAAAAAAAAAAAAAAAGAGUCAACAUAUCAGCCCGCAGUUUGACCAGUUGUCAUUCAGUAUUUCUUUGUUAUUCGUUUGUUUUGCAUUCGUGUUGGAGUCGCAGUUCGUGAAGGCAAGAUUAUUUAUUUGCGAUAGUGAUGGGCAGCCCGGGCAGAAUAUGUGUGAGAAGAAGUAUCCAACAUUUCAAUCUCGAUCAGUGCCAUCACAAAUAUGUUCCAAACCCCCGAGGAUCAGAAGCAUCAGCCUCAUCGGGAAUGAUGCCGUGAUUCUCGGGAGAAAAUGUGAUUAAUAGCCAUGAACUGAAAUAACAACCAAAAGGCCUAUAAUCAUAUGGUUUCUUUCUCAAACACAUAAAAACACACACUGCAUUUCCAGUGCUCAGGGUCAUUUGCAACAGAACAAAAAAACUCCUAUAGGACCUUUAUUUUUUAACCACAUAUUUUAAGGUUUUGGAAACCAGCCACCAACGAAAAGUGAAGGAAAUUAGAUUGUUCCUGUGAAUCCUUAAUGUUACUUUAAUUAGCUAAGCUCAAUCAUCUUUAAAUAAAUUCUUUAUUGGUAUUAAAAUGUCCAAAAUCAAUCUUUCAAAAUUCUUAAAAAUGCUAAAACAUAGGAAACGUUAUGAAUUCUUUAUUUCGGACGUUGAUUUAUUAAAUCGUGGUUGGUAUCGUCAUUUUUCUUUUUUAAUAAUUUACCAAAUGACUCUCACAUUACCGUUUCAUAAAUCUGGAUAAAAAGUCCUUAAUCUAACAUGCCUUAAGUAGUCAGAAGCCUGCAUUUAGAUGAGGUCAGAGAAGUAGUUUAUGAGGCAGUAAACUGUGGAUAUUGUAGGGAGGAAACACAUUUGAAUAUCCUCCAAAGACUGUUUAGCUUCAGCAGAAUUGCAGAUCAGACAAAUCUAACAUUGAAACACACAAAAAAACAAAAAAGUGACUGGCUGAUUAGAAUACGCUGCAGUGUACCUGAGAAAUACAAAUGGGAAAAAGAAAGCGAAAUGUUCAUACAGACACAAACACACAGGGACAAGAGGAAGAUGGAAUGGCUGCAGAGUCAUUUAUCCCGAGAAGUAUCCACUCCCCUCUGGAGCGCAGUGUGCAUACGGUCUGCAGAAAGGAAUACUGAUCAGAAAGCAAUUUGUCUCCGUGAGUCAGAGUGACGUUUGUACAGUGACGUGGCCUGAGCUGUGAUUCCAGUCUGGUUUAUAUAUUUGUUUGAAUUUGAAAUAUUGUUGUCAUUGUACUGAACGUGAAAAGAGAAAGAAAAAAAAGAUCCCCUUUAAGUAUCCAGUAAUCCACAAAAAUAUGGAGGAAGAUGAGGACGAGGGUAACAUACUGAGCUGAGUGUUUUGUUUCUGUCUGCAGCUGAACAAUCUGUUGUUUGUCUCUCCAGUCAACUGUGAGGUCCAAAGGAUUAGACCAAAACAUAGUGAUGAGUCUUAAAUGUGAAGAGAGUUAAUUUAUUGUUAUUUAUGAGAAGGCUGUGCCGCAAUGAACUAAAUUAGCAGUUUAUAUUGUGUUAUAUAAAGAGUACAUAUUGAGUAUUACACUGUGGUAAGAGUAAAGGCCGAAAUUGCAGCAUAUGUGCACAAAUUCUUUAAAAGUUGCCAAAUGGAAGUGAGGCAAUAUUAUAAUGCAAUGAACUUGAAAACAGUAGCAUCAGUUGUUUCCACAUGCUAGUAGCGGCUAAUGUAGCCUCGAGGCGCUAGCCUUAAGGAGAAGUGAGGAGUGCCCUGCUCAGCUCACGUCUUUCUUACUCCACGCCCCCUCAGAUUUGUUUAAUCCUCUAAUUUCUAGUCUUCAGACCAAGCUUACUCAAGUGACUUCACUUGAGCCAAUUUAUUCGACAACACAAAACUCUCUGGAGCCACAAAAGGGUACUUUCCCCCCACAUAUACAGUAGUUCUUCCCAAACCUGUAAAGCAGACUGGAAAUUGGUGUGGCGAAUUGGUAAAUGUCCCCUUUAACUUACAAGACACAUUCCUAAGAUCUGCAUGCUGCAAUUCUAACUUCUCAUUUGAAAUGAUGCAAUUACUACAUAGAUUUGCCAAUUGGUUUUUGCAAUAAGAUAAAGAGCAGAUCCUUAUUGUGUUCCCCGCAGAGUAAAUAACUCCCAUGGUUGGUUCAAGGGUACACUCAUAUUUCAGGUUACCUUGACCUUAAGAAAUAAAAAUAUGAAAGGUGGUAAUAGUUAGUUGAAUGCAAGUUCAUUCCAAUAAUGCCCUUUACUAAGUGUUUUCUUUGCAUCAUUUCAUCCGGGGGAUCACACUAACAGCUUGUCAAACUGUUCAAAGGCAAUAUGAUGGAUCUUUAUUGAAAGUGUGAGGAUACUCUUUUUUCCAGUGCAAGCAAAUAUUGUUGGAAAAAAAUAUAUAUAUGGGACCUAAGUAAACAAUAUAAGUGUUAUUCUAAGUAAAUCAAUAGAACCAGAGAGAAGCCUUUUCCUACUCUUUGGCCUCAACUUGACCUUACAUUUUGUAACACAAACUAACUGUUAGAUUCUUAUUCAGGUCAGAUAAUUCCCAGAAAUGAAUACAAACAUGCCUAUUCAGGUGUUAUCUUCUUUUGAGAGAUAUUUGAUGCAUAUCUUUAUUAAACUCUGAACGCUUACAGAGGAGAAACCUUAGCAGCCCUUGCAUGCUCGCAAAAUCUACUCAGCACUCAUCUCACUCAGAACAUGUUUAACCUGCUUUCUGGACAUGAAAUCAGCACAUCCAUCCCAAAAGCUGUGAGGAUCUUCUUUUCUAUGCUUUUACUUUAGGAUAUUUGCUUAUACAAGAGAAGAUACAUUCCUUUUGACACAUAUGUUUGAGGAGUAGAGGAGGAGAAAAAAAAAGUGUUGAACUGAUUUCAAUGUGAAUUUUCUUGCCUCUAGUGUAUAUGUGUAAUUACAUGUGAAUUGUACUGUAAAUAUGAUAUCUUUCACUUAAUAGUUCUUAAUGCAUGAACAAAAACAUGGCAGUUCGUAAUACCAGCUAGCCUCACUGCUAAUGGCAUGGACCGCUUCUCUAGCAUUGGCAUACUUCUGCAAACGAAACCUAAAAAAUGAAACACAAGAAAUACAUGGUGUGAACAGAAUAAUGGAGAAAUCAAUGCAAAGUCCUCUCACAGUGACGGAGUUUCUGGUGGCUCUGAGCUUGUAUUGGUUCACCUGCUCCAUCGAGAACGAGGCUAGCGCUGCUAACGAUUUCCUGGAAAUUGCAGCAGGCCUUGGUUCACUGUCAGCGAACGGGACGGUGCCAUCUUGAAUGAAAUUCUCUGGGUGGGCUUUCCCAUUAAAUACGCCCGAAUUUAAAAGUUGGGUUAGAUUUCAGCACAGUAUACCUGCAGUGUUUACCUCAGACAUCAACAAGUCACCCAAUUGUCCGGGAGUCUAUGAAAAAAAUAUUAAGGGCAUGAUAGGCUAGCUGGCUUAUAGAGGCUAGAGGAGCAGGAUGGCCUUAAGAAGGCGAGUGGGAUGUUCUUUCCUGCUCCUCAAUAAGACAGUCACAUGUGCCCUUGAGCAAGGCACUUGGCCAAAUGCCCAAGUGCAGCUGCUCACUUGCUAACAAUAGAAGUGUAUGUCUGUGCGGUGUAGCUCCUGGGAGUAAAUACGUUUAGCAAUGUGAAGGAAUUGCCCUCUGAAUACUAACGUAGUUCCACUAAUGCACCUUGGUUUGUUUGAGUAACUCAAGCCCAGUAUUGUCAUGGUAGAAUUACAAGCCAGGACCUUUAUGCUAAAAGUUAUGAAUCAUGACAUGUUUUGUUGACUCCAGUCUUCUGUUAGGGCAUUUCACCUAUGAUUACACCCCUCCCAGAUAACAGCAAUGCAUGUUAGCCUAAAACUGAGCCCCUAAUAAAAGAACAGACCACGAACACACAAGAAAAUUUCAUCCACCAAACACCAGAACAAGGCUGACAGACUCCUCACUGUUAGAAGAACUUUUGCUGGUGCAUUCAUUAUUUUGUACGUACCUUGUAGGUUUUGUUUUGCAUGACCUGAGUUUUGAAAGGUUUAUUUUCAUAUCUUUUUACUCCGCACCAUCCGAAUUCAUCCCCACAGCCAGGAAAAAGAAACAUCCAGUGUUUACAUGCUCAAAUUGCACUUGUUUUACAGUCCGCUCUUUAAAUCUUGUGAAACAAAACUGUUCGUAAAACUGGAGGGAAAAUAAAAACGUACAUGGUGUGACCCGUGCAAAUCGCAGACAUGUACUUCUAGACGAUGUAUUUACUGUAAAGCACACAAUUUGGAAUAGAUGCACCGAGUGCAUGCUGUAGUUUUAUCAGGUUCAGCAUAAGCAUUAACAUCAGUCGCCCUUCAACUACAACGGAUGUAAAGGAUGCUCAGCAGUAGCAUCUGAACGUAAGCCAUGUGAUUGCACACUGAGUGGGUGUUCCCUGUAUUUUCUCUUUAAUAAGUUGCCUCUGGUUAUGGUCUGUUGUCCAUUACUGUGUGAUGAAGAAGCUGAUUCCCAGUUACACAUCAGUAUUCCUCCCUGGAGCACACCAGGGAGACUCAUGUUUUACCAGUGAGGGGGGAAGAUUUAACAACACUUUAUAAAAAUGGCAACAGACAGAAAGAAACCCACAAGACCAACAGCCCAUUUAUUUUUGAAUAUGAAUUAGUAAAUGAUUUGGUUCAUUUCUGUGUUAAUUUCUGAUUUAUUGUAUUUGUUGCAUUUGUUAUGGAUUGUUAUUCUUACUGUUGUUGUUGUUUUAUCAUAAGAAGGAAAUGUAAUUCAUCUGAUAUACUGGCACUGGAAGAAAAAUGCAUUUGGUUUUUGUACUGUAAUUGUUUUUGUUCACAUUGGGCGCUUAUUUGAUUCAGUUGUUUAAUAAGGUGUUUGAUUUCAUUUGGAGUAUCAGUACUCAUGGAAUCAACAUUUGUGUAGUAUGAAGUUGUAUUUUUUUUGUCAGUGCAAUUUAAUGUUAUAGUGUCAAUCAGCUUUUUUAGGUGUUUGAACAAAAUGUGUUUUUUACAAAUACAAGGUGUUCAAGUAUGUGGUAUAAAAAGGGUUAUCAUUCAAACAACAGACUUUUUACAAAUAAAGGCUUAUACAGUAAGAAAAAGA